CGUAUGGUAAACAAACUUCAUCGUCUCCGGUCACGAUCAUGGCGCUAAAAUCGUCCCCCGACCCAGUCAUCAUCGGUCAGUUGUACCAGCAGUGGGCACACAUAUACGAUACCCACUCGUCGGUGGACAUCUACCAGCGAAAAGACGAGAUAGAGCAAUUCCUCGAAGGAUUCAACCAGCUUAGCGAUGAGGAUCGGGUCCAGCUUGAUCGUUUGAACCGGUACGAGAACAUUUCAUCCGCCUUAUCACGGCAGCUUCUUCUGUUGAUAUACGAAAUCUGUGAUCCCACCGUCAAACGGUACGCUCCAGUUGAGCAUGCUUCCACCAAUUGUCCGCCCACCGUCAAUAACGUUGGCCCCGAAAGGGAAUGCUGUAGCUCCAAGCUACUAGAUAGCAACUCGCAUGAGGACCAACAGACUGCAGUACUCCUUAACGCGGAUAGCAGCGAAAGCCGUUGCCAGUGGUUGAAGGAUUUCUUUCUCAAUGGAAUCGGUGGACUGUUGCUGAGGACGCUUUCCAAAAUUGGGGCUCAAGACAUUGCAAACAGUCGUGAAAUAGCGGCCGUACUGGUACGUAUACUACCAACUACGAAGUGGAACACGGAUCCCAAUACUUCCACCGAAAAAUCACCACUGCUCGAACUGCCCCCAGGAUACGGAGAGUUUGUAAGAAAUGUAUUAAAAAUGCGCACCAUCAACGAAGAAUGGCAUCGGGAAAGCUUCAAACGGAACGCCCGAAACAGAUCGAUAUCAAUUGCGCUAUUACGCUCAAACCAGCAUCCUCUCGAUGGUACCGGAGGCAUACCGACGUCCUUCGUACGCCAGCUAAGCGGUCCAAACACGUUCGCCGCAACGUUGGACUAUGCUAAAGCGGCACAACACUUGCAACGCAGCUCAACUCCGAUUGGCGAUACGAAAACACUUUCCCAAGAUCAAUUCACACUGACCCUGCUAAACCUGCUCGAAAGCUUGAUCGUACACGAAAAUGUACUUACCAUCGAUGAAAACUCGGCCACCGUGUCCUGUCUGCGUGUGGCACUUGACCAGUUGAAACGCCAUGACCGGUUGGAGGAAAGCCUAGAAAAUCGUCUCGUUAUACGUCACAAACUACUCGGCCUUGUGAUGCUGUGCCUGAACAAUAUGUUUUUUCUGCAAACGCUUGAAACGAACGACCUUACCCUGCGUACGGUUGCUAACGAUAUGAUCGCGCUGCUGAAGGACGAAUUGCACGAACGUCCGUUUGAUGCGCUGUCGUGCGAGUUUACGUACAAUCUCAUCUAUACGAUCGUUUCCACCGUGAACCAAUCGUUUCUGCACCUGUGCGACAAUCUGGUCAGUGAGCAGUUAUUUUUAACGAUUUUUAAACUGCUCGAAAGUAAUCUGGACAUAGUGAAGCAUACGUACAGCUUCCUACAGCUAGGAACAAGGAGCGGAGCGCUCACUAGCAGCAAGUCGUGGAUGCAAACGAUCCCACAGUACUGUUCGGGUCUGAUAGAGCUGCUGAUAACGAUGCUACACAAUUUUAUUUAUGCACUAGCACCAACCCGAGGUGCCUGUAGAAAGGCAAAAAAAGGUCGCUUCCGGUUACAUCAUUCCCGGCAGGAUGCACGCAACGGAUACGUGUGUGCGCUUGAAAACCUGCUGCUCAAUCUAUUCCCACAGGUGAAACACUCUGACCAACGACUGAUGGUGAACUUCUUCAAGGUGUAUCAACUGUGCUGUUGCAACACGAAUGCACAUACCCUGCAGGUGCUACUGAAGCUAUCGAACGAUGAAUUGAUACCGAAACUAAGGCUCAAUUUCGCUAGCCGAGCCAUCGUCCAUGCAAUCUUCAACCGAUCGCAAUGCGAAACGUGUGAAUCGGAUCAUGCUGCGAACACGUUCUACGAGCAGUUUACUCGCAUCCACCGGGAGGUGUUUGACGAGUUCAAGCGGUCGGAAAAUCGUUCCCGCAUGCCAACGUUUCUCCGAUACCUGAUGGAUAUUGUACGCAUUAUUCCGUUUAGAUUACGAGCGUUUGUAUUGCAAGAAUUGGUGCUGAAACAGCUGCACGGUGAAUUGGAUCGCUUCGUCGAAAGAAUAGAAUUGGAAGAACAGCCAUCCACCGAAGAUGACGGUUGGAAGGAGAUCGUAAAUUCAUGUCUGUUGAUUGUCUGUCGAGUCGUCGCGAAGCAGGAGCAGCGUGAGAUGAAUUUGUUUUAUCGGGAAGACAAUCUCGAACUGUUGCGUGCUCUCAAUGGGCGGGUGGAGUUCACACACAGCAUGCAACUGAUCAUGACUGUCGGCAUUCGUGAUCGUUCCUUGCAAGAGGAGUUGGUGGAGAAAUUGACGGAAAUGCUUUUCAACCAUUUGGAUGAAAACAUCACUUGUAUAGGGAACAUUUUUACAGCGAUAGCUGACAGCAAGGUGGAAGUAUCGCUUAAAUCUGUUGGAAAAUCAUCGUUAGCUGUGGGAAAACAACGUAAGAUCCAACUGGAAACGAUGCUCCAACUACAUCAGGAUCAUUGGAAAACGGUCCGUCAAUUGCUGAAAGAGAGUGAUCGUUUCCGAAGUCACUUCUUUCGACGGUAUGACGGUGUUAAAGCAGUAACCCGGUUUCUUGACCUCGCUUACAAUCUAGCUAGCGUGUGUCUCUUCCGAAGCGUAUCCAAUUUUUCCUCCAAAUCGGAUGCACACCUACACUUACCCGAAACACCUCCCUCAUUGCUGACGGAUCACAGUGAAACCUUGCCACUUUUCGAACCGGAACGUAAAAGUGUACUUAACAUCUUUCACUUCAACGAUCAGCUGAUCGAUGGUUCGCUAUCUAGUGCCAGCUUGUACUACAGUGCGGCCGAGGAGGAAGAUUUCUCGUUUUUGCGUGAACUUCAACUCGCAACAGCUAAUGACGAAUUGCAGCAGGGAUUUAUGUUCCCAUAUGGUCAACCGACCAGCAGUAGUAGUGACCGUACCGAUAACAAGCUGGAAAAGAAAUGGUCCCUCUCGGAGCUGUUCAACAUACGUCAGAUGCUCAGUAACUUGAUGGAGGAUAUUCUCGGUGGUACCGAGCAGCACAAUGCAAUCGCGCUCGAACGUCGGUUGAUGAGUCUUCCGGAGGAUGCAAGAAAAUUGUUAAUCGAUCCGGGAAAUAUGGUGAUAAGGAAAAAGUUAACAAACCUGCUCGAAACUAUCAUGGCUUCGAUGCUGCUGCUUAUUAAUGGUUUGCCGAACGAUGCUACAGAGGAAAACUUAAAACCGGAGCUAGCAAACACGAUGCAGGUGGCGUUAAUCGAGUUGAAAAGAUUACUGUUAAACUGUGCCACCAAAAGCUGGGACUGUCCCACCACCGCGAACAACGUUAUCAACGUGCUGCACGCCCUAUUAAAGGUGGCGGAAAUGCGCAAAGAAUCGACCCCAGCAGUGUACGAUGCACGCCACGCAGAAAUUGCUUCCGAACGUACGGAACGAACUAAUUUUGCAAAACUUCAAGUGCAUGACGAUGAGCCUGAAUCGUUGCUGCACAGUGUACCAUUGUACCACGACGAUGAGACGGAUGACUUAAGCUCAACGGAUGAAUCGUACACCACCGCCCGUGAGGAUGGGUACGAAGGGGAUGUAGAAAUCGAUCCGUACAACCCGACGGAACGGAUGGCUAGAAAAGACAGCAUUGUUGUUGGAGGAGGUGUAAAACCCGUGUAUCCCCCAGUGGCGACCCGUUUAGCAAAUGAACAAAUCUGUACGAUUGUGACGGAGAUAUUGGUGGAACUGGCGAGCCGUUGUGUUGAGCGACCGGAACACUGGUGCCCCAUACUGGCACAGAUGGUUGUGAAGCUGAACAUCAUUCGCAACUAUCUUGGCGGUUCACUGUAUCUGAUACGCGGAUUUGCAACGGUUCUGCAAUCGAGUGACGUACGGUUGAAGGAGUUGCAGGCAGCGAUCGUUGAUCUGAUCGUAGAUCUUGAUGUGCCGGAGGUGUUGAUCAAGUUUAUGCAGCUGUUAGUCGGUAAAGAUCCUCCUGUGCAGUUGAUACUAACGAAGCUGACGAACCUGUUUGAGGGAGGUUCCGGUGUGGAAGGUUACCAAUGUGUGCAAUUUCCGGUGCUGCAUGCGGAUCGUACAUUUUCCUCAUCGUGCGAUGUACUCUUGGCGAAGAAGAUCACUUUCCUGCGGGAACAUCACGCGUUUUUCAAUGUCCGCACCGGGCUUACUGAUGCUGCCACAAUCGUACCGAUGAAUUGCGCCAACUUUUAUCCCUGGCAUGGGAAUGGGUUCACUGUUUCGGCUUGGGUACGUGUUGCGCAGUUGGCAGAGCGUCAGCAAACUGAUUUUACGCACCUACUAUCAGUUGGUAGCGAGAAGCAAAUGAUAUCGAUUUAUAUCAACUCCCACCGUCAGUUGGUGGCACGGUACAGUAAGCCGGACAUUUUUCUAACCCCAAGCAAUACGCACCAGUAUCUCGGGAAAGCGAUCAGCAGAUCGGAAUGCUGUGACAACUGUGCCAAAGAGAUGCAACACCUAUGGAUGUAUAAGCAUUUGUUGCGUGGACUUACGGAUGCGGUAUCGCACACGUUUAUGCUUGAUACACCACGUGCUCAGUGUGUGUACUGUUUCAAGCAACUUCCCGUUGGACAGGGUCGGAAGGCUAUGGCUGAGCAUGGCGUAGGUUUGCCGCCAUUGAAACGAGUCGACACACGGACUGCUGCACCGAUCGAUGUGAAUCUGCGCCAGUGCACGAUAGGACAGGACUGGUGCGUACCGGAAGGUUGCUGGUCUAUGCUAACGUUCGCCGUCCAACAGAACGAUGAGCUGGUGCUGCUAACUGUCACGUACGAUGGUGUUCAGCAGUUAGCCCAGCUUUCGUUCCCGAACCCGUGCAAAAUCCACAUCGACACGGACCUAACCGUUCUGGCCGUUGGUCAUCGGGCUAGUGAAUCGAACGAAUGUUCCGUAGGAUACGGUCUUGCCGGUGUACAUCUGUUCAGCAGAAGCAUCACGGACGAGGCAGUGUUGGCAAAUCUUUACGCAAUUGGUCCGAACGUCACCAACUUUGUAGCCUUCGCUACCGGAUACAUGAUUCCGAACUAUGGCACGCUGAAUCUUUCCAAACUGUCGGUCAAUGAUCUACGAAUGGUAAGUUCGUUGCAACUGAUAGAAAGGGCCCACGUGGGGUACCUGACCGCAAAUUGUAUGGAUUCAUUUAUCAGCCGCCAUCAAGCCAUCGGUGUAAUGUCGUUUGCCGGAAAAAUUCGACCCCUGGAAAUAGAAUCGCUUCAACGAUCAUUACUGAUCGCGGGUGGUGUGUCUGUUAUGCUCGUAUUCUUCGCCCGUGUAGUAGAGAUUACCGACACCUCCACACUACAUGUGGCAGCACUCAAGCUGCUGCUACGUAUCGCACACUGUAAUCAAGAUUUCUUUAACGAAUUUGUCCAAUGCAACUAUCUCGAACUGAUCGGAGUCGUGCUGAAGAGCAAAAAGUGUCACAAAGAUAUCGCACUACUAACGACACUGUUGGAGCUAGCGUUCGAUCAACCGAUCGUGGCAAAGCGCGGCCACCAGUACCGUGUACUAAUGACGUCUUCUGCCCGCAUUCGUUAUCCCGGCAUGAUAACGUUCCUGUUAGAAAACUUUCAAAUCUGGAUCGAUCAAUCAGAAGAGGUGCUUGAUCUCGUACUUUCCACACUGGCCACAGCCACACGUGACAAGCAUCCUGGCAUGAUGUACAACUGUCAGCGCUUGCAGGACGCUUCUCUCGUGCCGGCUUUGAUCGAUUUUUGUCGCGUCAACUUUGUGAUUCCGGCAAAAACGGUCAAAAUUUCACGCAAAGCAGCUGACUUGCUCGUUUCGCUGAUCGCGAUCCUGUCGGCGACACCGCCAAAGGUGGCGUUGUUGAAUGAAAUCAUGGAACUGUUGCUGCUGAUGCAUAAGCCCACCGAUAGCUACGUAACGCACGAUCGACAAAAGUUUUACUUCAACAUAAGCCCCAACCAAUUCGGUGGUGGUGGUGGUGGAGGCGGUAAACGUAGCGAUCGUACGGUUACGAGUAGUAGUGGUAAUAGUAGUGGACCUACAACACCUAAAUUGCAACUACGGGAUCGCCGUCUUCGACCGCAAUCGCAGUUGCGCAAAAUUCUUCCACUAACGAUCGCAUCCGGUGGUUCGUUCGAGUCAGCCACAACUAGUUUCAUCAUUGAUACUUCUUCCCCUAAUGCUACCAGUGGUACGGUUUCGGCUGAUGAAAAGCAACGCAGUCCAACAACAAAUGUACCAAAAAGUCCAAAACUGGCAAACUCUCCCGACGGUGGCAUAGGAUCGGAAGAAUGCUACGAAAAACUAAACAAAGCCAUUGCCGAAGGUAAACUACGUAGGAAAAGUUUGCUUGAAUGUAUCGUUAAACAGGGAAGCGGCAAACGCAAGUUAAGACGGCUAAAAAGCACACCGAACAUACGCGCAUCUUCCGGUAGUAGGAAAAAGCAGGUUGGAUCACCGCGAUUUGCUAACGGUUCGCCAAGAGGAUGCCCGAGGAAUGAUUUGAACCGUACUGGUAGCGGUCAGCAACAAUCACAAAGUGCACCAACGUCCUCGUCCACAACGUCCGCUGCGAUUAGGUACAAAUUUUUCGAGCAAAAUUACUUCGCCACCGGCAACGACUUUCUGCAGGAAAGUUUCUUGCGCAUCAUGUGCGACUUUCUUUUAAUCCUGCCGGAUCGUGAUGCGAGCCAAUUUCUGAGUGGUGAAAAUCGUAUCCUUGAAACGAUGCUUAUACUAGCGAACAAUGGCAACAUUCGCAUCCGAACAAUGCUACUCAAUCUGGUCGCUGUAAUUGAUGAUCGGAUUGGCGGUGCUCGGACGGCUGCUAACAGUCCAAACGGAAGCGCCAUGAGUGGUGGACCAUCGGGUGGUGGAUUAAUUUUGCAACAGUACAGCGAAGAACAGGCGAAAGUGUUUUGGUACCAUUUGGCCAAUCAGAUAGGCGCGCAUAGCGUGAACGCUGAGCUGCUGGGUAGUUGCGUCCGGUGGAUCACCAAAUCGCAUACGCCACUUGCGCUGCUACAUGAAUGUUUUGUGGACAUAGUUCACGAGAAUGGGUUGAACGUGUUGAUAGCGAUCCUCAUACAGGCACACGUCGAUCCGAAGCUGUUCGGUCGUGUGCUGUUUGUGAUUGAAUACAUCUGCACGAAGCAUCGACGACGGGCCGGUCAGUAUAUGAUCGAUAAUGGGCUCGUGUGGGCACUGGUAAAAACGGCGGUAAAAAUGAACGAAAAGGAAGAAAUGUUGCAGGAGAAAAGUCGGGCCUGUUUAUUGGAGUUUUUGACCAGCUUUUCGCACCGGAUGAUUCUGAGCAACGUCGCUAAUCCUUUCUGGGAUUUGCUGAACGGGUUAACGGUGGUCCAAAAGCACAAAAACGAACGUGUAACGAAAGCGGUACGUGAUCUUCAUGCGGCACUGUUGAGGAACGUGCUGCAGAUUUUCAUCUUUCGUCCAAAACAAUCGAUCAUUGGUAACAAGAAUACAUCUUUCACCGUCGAACUGGCAGGAUGUAACCUGUCCAAGGCGGAGAUAAAGACACGCUUCAACCGACUCCACGACAAGGCAAUCCAGUUCGUUACGAACAGCGAACCCGAGGGCGAUCUAUCCGAAGCGGAAAUGGCUCUCAUCUACCAUCUGAUGAAUCGUACUCUGAACGGUAAUCCUCGCGGUGGCAACAUUAUCCUUUGGUGUCUUUUGCCAAAACGAUCGAUACGGUUAAAAAUUUACACCAUCAACCAGCUGGCCCAGUACCUGGAAGGUGGCGGCAACCAUCUGUCGGCAAUCUGUGAUGUGAAAAUGUUGAAAGUGUUUGUGCAGAGCAUACUGCUGCUAAAUCAGAAGCACAUCCCGCUGGAAGAUUUACGGCUGGUGAACACAUUCUAUCAAACGAUUGACGGUGGAUUGUCGCACGGUGCCAGCUGGAACUUGACACAGACGUUGAAAGACUUUGAAUAUCUGCGAGCGAUCAGUAUGAACGAUCAGGAGCAAACAAUCGCGAAAUCGAUAGCACGCCAGGAAAAGCUUAUCUACUCGUGUACGGUGGCGGCCAUGCAAAUCACACGGAACAGUGUUGAAAAGCAGAACAGACUACGGAAGGAAUUGAUCAUUCAGUUGCGCAAAGAUAACGAUUAUCGAUUUUACGACCAGUGGCAUCAGCUAGUCAGGCGGAUGACCCACGAAGAUGCGCCCUGGUACAAUGCCCACCAUUAUCCCAACUCUUGGGAGCUGGAUGAUACGUACGGGCCAGAUAUGGCACUGAAGCGUAUGCGCCGCUGUCCGAUGACGAUAGAUAGGCGAUUUUUGAUGAAGGAAGCACUGCCCGAAAACAGUACCGAAAAGGAAAAUGCACGUGAACAACCGCCGCUACUGGCGUAUCUGUUUUCGAACGACUAUCGGCAUGAGUAUUCGGUCGAGGAUCAGGUACUGUACUCGUUUACAGUGCGCAAAACUUCCCCCAGUCAAGAGCUAGAGUGUGAAUGUAUCAUAACGAGCACGGAACUGGUGCUGAAACCGUACGAAACGGGCGAGCUGGAAAUAUACGAUCUUCAUGACAUUACCAAAAUAUGGACCAAACGAUACGAACAUCAAGAGUCCGCAGUGGAGGUAUUUCUCAAGUGUGGUAAAUCGCUCUUUAUCGUAUUUGCCCGUGAUCCAAGCGAACGGGACACAUUUGAAGGAUUUUUCCACGAUCUUGUGGUACGUUGCGGUCGGCAGGAACUCGAUCAGUACACACAGCAAUGGCGCGAGGGGUCCCUCUCGAACUGGGAGUAUCUGAUGCUACUAAAUCAAAUUUCCGGCCGAACGUUUCACGAUCUCAUGCAAUAUCCCGUGUUUCCCUGGGUAUUGGCCAACUACGAUACCAGGACGCUCGAUCUGCUGGCGGAGCGUAGUUUCCGUGUUCUAGAAAAACCGAUCGCCGUACAACACCGUGAACUGGAAAAGCAUUACAUCAACAAUUACAAUCACUUGCGCCAGGCGGAAGAGAGUGGCGAACCUAAUGGAAGGCGAAAGCUUCAACCAUACCAUUACAGUUCACACUAUUCCAACUCCGGCACGGUACUACACUUUUUGGUGCGUGUGCUUCCCUUUACUUCGCUCUUUUUGCAGUAUCAAGACGAUAGCUUCGAUAUACCGGAUCGAACGUUUCAUUCGCUGCAAACGACGUGGAAUCUGGCGAGCAAAGAUUCGCCAACGGAUGUGAAGGAGCUGAUACCGGAAUUUUUUACCUUCCCCGAAUUUCUCGAAAAUCAGGAAAGUUUCGAUUUCGGAACGCGACAAUCCGGCGAGCCGGUUAAUCACGUCGAAUUACCGCCCUGGUCGAACGGUUCCGCACGCCUAUUUGUGCUGAUCCAUCGGCAAGCACUGGAGGCGAACAUUGUACGCCGUCAGCUUAGCCAUUGGAUCGAUUUAAUUUUCGGCUACAAGCAAACGGGCCAGGCAGCGAUCGAUGCGAUCAACGUGUUUCAUCCUGCAACAUAUUGCGAUUUCACGGCUUCUGAUAUAGACGAUCCGGUUAUGAAGCUAGCACUGGAAACGAUGGUCAAAACGUACGGCCAGAUGCCUCGCCGUCUGUUUGAUACGGCUCAUCCACCGCCGGCCAUGAAUCCUCUAACCGCGAAUCCGCCCAAAGUGUUGGAAAGUGUCGUUGGACUGCGGUGGGGACUUUAUUGCGGCAGUCCCAUCCUUUCCGAUCCGAAGCUUGUGGAUGUGUGGGAAAAAUCAUCCAAAGAAUUGUUGGGCGAAAGACCCACUUUACCACCAACUUCGCUAGUCACUCUCGAUGGACAGAAAAUUUUUGUGUUGCCGGAAAAGAUGAACGUGUUUUGUGCGACAACACAGACGACCGGGGCGAAGAAACACUACACCAUUAGUUGGGGUGAAAUGGACGAUCGGUUAAGGAUACGGGCACUCCAGGACAGUAGUAGCAUAAGUGGAGCGCCUGUCGCCGAACGAUCUAGAGAACUAUUUUAUGGCGGCAGUAGCAACGCGUACGAUCCCAUCACGGCGUGCGGUACAGAUCCGCACUGUACGAGUAUCUUUUUUGGGCACCGUUCCGGGCGUAUUGUGGUGUUUCAGCAGCGGUCACGCCGAAGACGUGUUUCUUUUUUUAAUCAAAACAUGCAACCGGCCGUUACCAUGAUGUCACGUUCGCGAUCAAGCUCGUUCCGACGCUGGAUCGAUCGGAAGAGUGCCAAUCUCCGACGACGGUUAGAAAUGGACCCAGACGAACAGCAGCAGCAACAGCAAGAACAACGACUACCGCACGAUGAUCAGAUGGAUUGGACGUAUCCGAUUCAACUGAUCAAGCAUCGUGCACCGAUCAGUGCGAUUCGCGUAUCGAUGGAGUACAAGAUUGUGGUAAGCGUGUCCGUCGACGGUUGUGCUGCCAUUUGGGAUAUGAACAGUUUAAUGUACGUGCGCGAAAUACCACGACCGGUCAAUAUGCUCCACUCGAGGAUAAGCCAAAUUGCCAUCAGUCCAACGUUGGGUGACAUUGUGCUGGUACAUUCGGCCAACAGCAGCAUGGCCGGUCGUGAUCGCUCGGCUGGCGGAAUUGGACAACAAUCGUGGAGUAGUGCCACCCUGGUGGAGGAGGACGAUAGUUUUGAGGUGACGGAAAAUUACAACGCGGAUUAUGUGAACAUCACGAUGGACACGAAUCGACGCGAUCAGUUGCGCCUGUACACAGUGAACGCGCAGUACGUGGAACACGUGUUCGUCGAAAGUCCUAUACAAGCGAUAACGUACUCUUCGAUCAAGGAAGGCUGCGGUGUGAAUUGUAUCGUGGUUGCACUUGAGAGUGGUAUAGUACGGUUUUACUCAAGCUGGAAUCUUGCACUGCUGCGGGAAGUUAACGUCGAGCCGGAUGGUGUCAAGUGCGCCCUGUUUUCGAGGUAUCAACAUCUGCUGCUGCUAACGGCAAACAAUACUGUUCAAACGUGGACAGCGGAAGGUCUUCCCGGUGUUUUGCCAACUAUACUAGAACCAUAUCAGUACGGUGUGUAAGUGAACGGAGG